CGGGCCCGGCACCCCGCAGCGCCCGGCAGGAAACGUGUGGCUCUGCAGAGAUUCACGGCUGUUCUGAGAACAUUAAAGCGCGUUCAGCCCUUCAGGAAAUGUUCUGUUUAGGGGAAAUGCGUUCCCGCCAUCCAAAUGCUGCAGCAAUUAAGAGGUUGUUCGCCCGAAACAAGGCAGCCCGGCGCCCCCGCCAUGGAUUCCUUUAAAGGUGGAAUGAAUUUGGAGAGACUGCCCGAGAGCUUGAGACCCCAACCCUCCCAUGACAUGGCUUCCAGCUUCCAUUUGCAAAGAUCCUCGGAGCCCAGAGACCCGAUCGAGAACUCGGCCAGUGAAUCCUCCGACACGGAGGUGCCAGAAAAAGAGAGAAGCGGAGAGCAGAAAAACGAGGAUGGGGCCGCCGACGACCCGGCGAAGAAGAAGAAGCAGCGGAGGCAGCGGACCCACUUCACCAGCCAACAGCUGCAGGAGCUGGAGGCCACUUUCCAGCGGAACCGCUACCCCGAUAUGAGCAUGCGGGAGGAGAUCGCCGUGUGGACGAACCUCACCGAACCCCGCGUCCGGGUGUGGUUCAAGAACCGCCGAGCCAAGUGGAGAAAGCGGGAGCGGAACCAGCAGAUGGACCUGUGCAAGAACGGCUACGUGCCGCAGUUCAGCGGGCUGAUGCAGCCCUACGACGACAUGUACGCCGGGUACCCCUACAACAACUGGGCCACCAAAAGCCUCACCCCGGCGCCGCUCUCCACCAAGAGCUUCACCUUUUUCAACUCCAUGAGCCCCCUCUCCUCGCAGUCCAUGUUCUCGGCUCCCAGCAGCAUCUCCUCCAUGAACAUGCCCUCCGGGAUGGGCCACUCGGCCGUGCCGGGAAUGGCCAACUCCGGCCUCAACAACAUCAACAACAUCAGCGGCUCCUCGCUCAACUCGGCCAUGUCCUCGCCCGCUUGUCCCUAUGGGCCGCCGGGCUCGCCCUACAGCGUGUACCGGGACACUUGUAACUCCAGCCUGGCCAGCCUCAGACUGAAAUCAAAGCAGCACUCCAGUUUCGGCUACAGCAGUUUGCAGAGCCCCGGCUCCAGCCUAAACGCCUGUCAGUACAACAGUUGACGGACUUGACACGAAUCGCCUCCGACAAACACCGCCGACAAAGGAAAAAUUACUAAGAAAAAAAAAAUAAAAAAUAAAGCAGAAACAAAGCGACGUUUAACGGAAAUGAAUAUAUAUAUGUGUGUGUGUGUGUAUGUAGAAACCCGAUGAUGUGUAAAAGCAAAACCCGAGCAAGUGAGAGAGGGAAAGAAACAGCACAGACAAACAAACAAAAGCAAAAUAAUGGUGACAAUAAGGAUAAUAAUAAAACAAAACCCGAAAGCUCUGCGGACUUCGAUUGUCUAAAAACAAUGAUAAUAAUACUGAAUAAAAAUAAAUAAAUAGAAAGAGAGAUCCGACGACACAACCAACAAAGCAGCGCUUUAAAAAAAAUAAAAUACAAACCGAUAGUAACCAUUAAAAAGCAAAUCAUUAAAAAAAUUAAAAAAGAAUAAUAAUGAUAAAAAAAAAAAAAAAACCGAAAAACGGAAACGGACCAGAAAACUUUUGCAAGAGACACCGAAAUCUGGUACAUGGAUGAGUUGCAAUUUUUCUCUGGAUGAUGCGGGUUGUAUGUGUUUACUUGAACUUGCACAGGA